GGUUUAGUACGUCACCACCAUCAUUUUGAGGAAAUUGAAAAAGAAGCUUUCUAUCAUUCAACACUUCCACCAUCAUGGCAUUUUCAGUAUCAAUCAAACAUGCUGGUAAGAAAUAUGACCUUGACUUGGAUAUCAAUCAACCACCUUCAGCGUUCAAACAAUCGGUUUAUCGGCUUACCGGAGUAGAACCUUCAAAGCAGAAAAUCUUGGUCAAGGGCGGACAACUAAAAGAUGACUCAGAUUGGUCGAAGUUGGGUGUCAAGCCCGGUCAUCAAUUUAUGGUCAUUGGUACUGCGGGCGAAUUGCCUAAGGCGCCUUCUCAACCUAUUGUGUUCAUGGAAGAUAUGACCGACACUCAGUUAGCUGAAGUGAUCACUUUCCCAGCUGGACUGGAGAAUAUGGGUAAUACUUGUUACCUCAACUCCACUGUGCAGGUGUUGAGAGCUAUCCCUGAGCUUCAGGCUAAUUUGAACGAAUUCAAGGGAUCAUCAUCUGAUGCUUUACGAAAGGAUUCUGCAUUGACCUCUUCGUUACGUGAUACGUACAAGGAUCUAUGUAAAACCACCGAUAGUUAUUCACCCUUUGAUCUCAUUAGAACCUUGAGAUCCUUUGCACCACAAUUUGCUCAACAAACUCAGGGCCAUUUUGCUCAACAGGAUGCUGAAGAGUGUUGGGGUCAAAUCAUCGGUGCUGUUCGAAGUACUUUGGAUACUAGCGAUGGGAUUGAUGGCAAGUUUGUUGAUCGGUUCAUGGCCGGUGAGAUGACAACUGAGACCAAAUGCAUUGAAGCACCUGAUGAACCUCCGACUAUCCAAAAGGAGAAAUGGCUCGAGCUGAAAUGUAACAUUAGUAUCUCUACCAACUACUUGAUCACCGGAAUCCAAGAUGGACUUCAACAACCUUUACAAAAAGACAGUCCUAGUUUAGGUCGAUCAGCGCAGUAUAUGCAAAGCUCCAAAAUCUCUCGCUUACCAUCCUACUUGACUGUUCAUAUGGUACGAUUCUUUUGGAGAAGAGAUAUUGCGAAAAAGACGAAGAUCAUGCGAAAAGUGAAGUUUCCCUUCAACUUGGAUCUCACGGAUUUAUUAACCGACGAUUUAAAAGCCAAGGUUGGACCGGUAGCUAGUAAAAUCAAGGAUGUGGAAAAAGAUCGAAGAGAGCGUAUCAAGACUAAGAAGAAGAGGAAGAUUGCAAAGGAAGAAGCUGCUAAAGAGACACAGUCGGCUAGUCUUGAAUCGACUACUGCGCCAGCGACUGGCGAGGCUAGUGCUUCAAGUAAAGCUGCGCAAUCAUCUGAAAUGGAUGUGGACGAAGAUGAGGGAACACUUAGAGAGACAGAGCGCGCGCUUUUGCACAGCUUGGUUGAUCCUGAUUUGAUCAAAGACGUUGGAUCAAAUGUGACAGGUCAAUAUGAACUCUGUGGAAUCGUGACUCAUAAAGGAAUUUCCGCCGAUGGAGGACACUAUUUGGCUUGGGUCAGAUGUGAUAGUGCUAAAGCGAAUCCGAACCUAAACCAAGCUUCAUCGAGCCAGGCCUCACCUGAGGAGUUUGAAGACCCCGAUCAACAAGAGUGGUAUAAAUUUGAUGAUGAUAAGGUAUCGGUUGUUAAACGUGAUAAGAUCACCACAUUGGACGGAGGAGGUGAAGAUUCUACAGCUUACUUGUUAUUAUAUCGAUCUGUUGCCUUUUGAAGGGGAAAAAAUAGAGACGGUGAAUGAGAAAAGAACGUUGAAAAGCAUUGUUGAUUUUUAAAACUUUGUAAUCAGUCAGUCAAUGUUUGAGUGAUCUUAUAGAAUUGUCAUUAAUGUAAAGAUGAUGAUACGGCAGAAUUGGGUUUUAUU